GACACAGACACAGACACACACACACACUCUCUCUCUCUCUCUCCCUCCCACAAAUACACACACGCACAUGCUUUCUCUCUCUCUCUCUCAGUCUCUCUCUCCUCUCUGACGAGGGAACAUGUUGCCUAGGAGCAGCAGCAGCAGCAGUGUGCUACACGUGGAGACAACCUCUCUCUGUAAUAAACCAGGGACAGGAGGAAGAAAGAAGGACCUGUCUCUUUUUUCCUUGUCUGACCAGACUCAUUGAGGAAGAGGAGGAGAAGGAAGAGGAAAAGGAUCAGUACACAGAGGGAUUCAGGAUUUGAUUGUGACUAGGUGGACUAGCGAGAGGAAGAAGAGGAAGACGAAAAGGAGGAGGAAAGGAGUCUAAAUUUGUUUGUUUAUCUAACAAAACUCAACAAAGAGGAAGAGGAGGAGGAAAAAGAGAAAGAGCUAGUGGGUUUGGACUGGGAUAGUGGGUUUAGCACACCCCCCAAAGUCGCUACCAUGUGGCAGGAGGCCUUACGGACGCGGGGGCGCUACCUUUUGGAGCGCGGGGGAGAGGGGGGAGACGGGGGAGAGGGAGGAGAUGCCCUGGGGGAUGUGUUUGUAGGUUUUGGGGAGACCCCGACACAGGGACAGCUGUGUGUGGGUGUGCCGGGACAGAAGACCCAGGACUGGCUGUAUGAGUCCUACUACCGUAUGAGCCAACAACACCCUCUCAUCGUGUUCCUACUGCUCAUAGUGAUGGGAGCAUGCCUCGCUCUACUGGCCGUGUUCUUUGCCUCCGGACUGAACAUGGAGGACCACCUAGCGUUCCUGAUCACCGUGCCCACCACCCUCUUCCUCUUCCUCUCCAUCUUCAUCCUGGUCUGCAUAGAGUCCGUCUUCAACCGCAUGCUCCGCCUCUUCUCCCUCCUUAUAUGGGCCUGCCUGGUUGCCAUGGGUUACCUCUUCAUGUUCUCCGGGGGGAUCCUCUGUCCUUGGGACCAGGUCUCCUUCUUCCUGUUCAUAGUGUUUGUGGUUUACACCAUGCUGCCGUUCUCCAUGAGAGGAGCAGUCAUAGCCAGCAUCAUCACAUGUUUAUCACACACAAUCACACUCAGUGUGUGUCUGGCGUCUACUGCAGAGGCCUUUGAACCACUGGUGUGGCAGAUCCUGGCUAACAUCAUUAUCUUCACGUGUGGUAACCUGGCUGGAGCGUACCAUAAGCACCUGAUGGACCUGGCCCUCAGACAGACCUACCAGGACACCUGCAACUGCAUCAAGUCCCCCAUCAAACUGGAGUUUGAGAAACACCAGCAGGAAAGGUUACUGUUGUCCCUGCUCCCGGCCCAUAUCGCCCGUGUGAUGAAGGCAGAGAUCAUUCAGAGGUUACAGGGACCAAGGGACAGGGACUUCGGCCGGGCAGAGGGAACCAACAACUUUCACAACCUCUAUGUCCAACGACACACCAACGUUAGUAUUCUUUAUGCAGACAUAGUAGGGUUCACUAAACUGGCUGGUGACUGCUCACCUGGAGAACUGGUGCACAUGCUGAAUGAAUUGUUCGGCAAGUUUGACCAGAUCGCCAAGGAGAAUGAGUGUAUGCGUAUAAAGAUCCUGGGUGAUUGUUACUACUGUGUAUCAGGCCUACCAGAGUCUCUCCCACACCACGCAGGCAACUGUGUCAAGAUGGGACUGGACAUGUGUGAGGCCAUCAAGAAGGUGCGGGAUGCUACUGGGGUUGACAUCAAUAUGCGAGUCGGGGUGCAUUCUGGGAACGUGUUGUGUGGCGUCAUCGGCCUCCAGAAGUGGCAAUACGAUGUCUGGUCACAUGAUGUCACUCUAGCCAAUCACAUGGAGGCAGGGGGUGUGCCAGGGCGUGUCCAUAUCUCCUCAGUAACAUUGGAGCAUCUGAAGGGCUCCUAUAAGGUGGAACCAGGGGAGGGACAAAGUAGAGACUUUUACCUCAAGGAACACGAAGUCAUCACCUACCUGGUCAUCAACCCCAAGGUUGAGAGGCGGAGCCCCCACCUGUGUACGCGUUCUCGUUCUACAUUGGAUGGAGGGAAGAUGAGGGCAUCGGUCAGAAUGACUCGAUACCUGGAGUCGUGGGGGGCGGCAAAACCCUUUGCUAACCUACACCACAGAGACAGCAUGACUACUGACAACGGCAAGAUUAACACUACUGAUGUUCCAAUGGGCCAGUAUCACUACCAGAGAAGAGAGAGGACUAAAUCUCAGAAGAGACGGUUUGAAGAGGAACUGGAAGAGAGGAUGAUCAGAACCAUCGACGGCAUCAACUCACAAAAUAGGCAGUGGCUGAAGUCUGAGGACAUCCAGAGGAUCUCACUGUUCUUUCACAACAAGACUCUGGAGAAGGAGUAUCGAGCCACCACUCUGCCAGCCUUUAAAUACUACGUCACCUGUGCCUGUCUCAUCUUCUGCUGCAUCUUCAUAGUGCAGAUACUGGUCCUGCCCAAAACAGCAGUGUUGGGGAUCUCCUUCGGCAUGUCUUUCCUCCUUUUAGCUCUGAUCUUGGUCAUAUGUUUCUCUAGCCACAUCUUGCAGGGAGGUAAAGGAUCGUGGUGCUCUCUCCCCUGGCUCCCUACUUCCUCACGCAUCAUCAUCGCCAACAAACCCUGGCUCCGAUUGGUCCUCACCAUGACAACCACCGCUCUUAUACUGGUCAUGGCUGUGUUCAACAUGUUCUUCCUGGAAGAUGAUGUUUUGACCACACCCCCUACCAUGAACCUGACCAAUGACAGCAUUCUCAGCUCCCACAGCCACGCCCACCUCACGGAUGGAAAUAAGUUCUACUUACCUUAUUUUAUCUACUGUUGUAUCCUGGGUCUGGUGUCAUGUUCUGUGUUCCUGAGGAUAAACUACGAGCUGAAGAUGGUUGUCAUGCUAGUUGCCGUGGUGACCUACAACAUCAUCAUCCUCCAGACACACGCACACCUGCUGGACGGAUACAGUACUGCACUCUACAGCACACAGACACUGGACAGGCCAGGCAUUCUAAAGGAUCUGAAGACGAUGGGUUCUGUUUCUCUCUUCAUCUUCUUCAUCACUCUACUGGUGUUAGCACGACAGAAUGAAUAUUACUGUAGGUUGGACUUCCUGUGGAGGGACAAGUUCAAGAGAGAGUGUGAGGAGAUUGAGACCAUGGAGAACCUGAACAGGGUUCUACUAGAGAACGUUCUACCGGCCCAUGUUGCAGAACACUUCCUGGGACGUAACUGGAAGAACGAGGAUCUGUACCACCAGUCGUAUGAGUCGGUGUGUGUGAUGUUCGCCUCCAUCCCAGACUUUAAGGAGUUCUACACAGAGUCAGACGUCAACAAGGAGGGCCUGGAAUGUCUCAGACUCCUCAACGAGAUCAUCGCUGACUUUGACGAGCUGCUGUCCAAGCCUAAGUUCAGCGGGGUGGAGAAGAUAAAGACUAUUGGCAGCACCUAUAUGGCUGCUACUGGUCUCAACGCAACACCUGCACCUGAAUACACACAGGAACAUGACCGUCAGUACAUGCACAUCGGCACAAUGAUGGAGUUUGCCUUCGCUCUGGUCGGGAAACUAGACGUUAUCAACAAACACUCUUUCAAUGACUUCAGGCUACGAGUCGGGAUAAACCAUGGUCCGGUGAUUGCGGGGGUGAUCGGAGCUCAAAAGCCUCAGUAUGAUAUCUGGGGGAACAGUGUUAAUGUGGCCAGCAGGAUGGAGAGUACUGGGGUACUGGGAAAAAUACAGAUAAACAUGGUACCUUCAGGCGUUUGGAAAUUGCUCCCAAGGAUGAACCAGUCUUCUGGAGGUCUACAAUUUUCUUUCUGAGGUCUUGGCUGAUUUCUUUUGAUUUUCCCAUGAUGUCAAGAAAAGAGGCACUGAGUUUGAAGGUAGGCCUUGAAAUACAUCCACAGGUACACCUCCAAUUGACAGAAAUUAUGUAAAUUAGCAUAUCAGAAGCUUCUAAAGCAUGACAUAAUUUUCUGGAAUUUUCCAAGCUGUUUAAAGGCACAGUCAACUUAGUGUAUGUAAACUUCUGACCCACUGGAAUUGUGAUACAGUGAAUUAUAAGUGAAAUAAUCUGUCUGUAAACAAUUGUUGGAAAUAUUACUUGUGUCAUGCACAAAGUAGAUGUCCUAACCGACUUGCCAAGACUAUAGUUUGUUAACAAGAAAUGUGUGGAGUGGUUGAAAAACGAGUUUUAAUGACUCCAACUAAGUGUAUGUAAACUUCCGACUUCACCUGUAUAUUUAUUUUUAUUUUUAUUGUUGGACAUAAAAGACUGUAAAAUCACCAGGAAAUCUGAGUGAUUUUAAUUUUGUACAUCUGUUCCAAAGUGUUCCUACGCAUAAUAGAGAGACACGUGAUGGUAUAAAAAUGUUAGCAUUGUUUGAAAUUGAUAUAUUUUAGUCAAAUAUUAUAUACACUGCUCAAAAAAAUAAAGGGAACACUUAAACAACACAAUGUAACUCCAAGUCAAUCACACUUCUGUGAAAUCAAACUGUCCACUUAGGAAGCAACACUGAUUGACAAUAAAAUUCACAUGCUGUUGUGCAAAUGGAAUAGACAAAAGGUGGAAAUUAUAGGCAAUUAGCAAGACACCCCCAAUAAAGGAGUGAUUCUGCAGGUGGUGACCACAGACCACUUCUCAUUCCUAUGCUUCCUGGCUGAUGUUUUGGUCACUUUUGAAUGCUGGCGGUGCUCUCACUCUAGUGGUAGCAUGAGACGGAGUCUACAACCCACACAAGUGGCUCAAGUAGUGCAGCUCAUCAAGGAUGGCACAUCAAUGCGAGCUGUGGCAAGAAGGUUUGCUGUGUCUGUCAGCGUAGUGUCCAGAGCAUGGAGGCGCUACCAGGAGACAGGCCAGUACAUCAGGAGACGUCGAGGGGGCCGUAGGAGGGCAACAACCCAGCAGCAGGACCGCUACAUCCGCCUUUGAGCAGGAGGAGCACUGCCAGAGACCUGCAAAAUGACCUCCAGCAGGCCACAAAUGUGCAUGUGUCUGCUCAAACGGUCAGAAACAGACUCCAUGAGGGUGGUAUGAGGGCCCGACGUCCAUAGGUGGGGGUUGUGCUUACAGCCCUACACCGUGCAGGACGUUUGGCAUUUGCCAGAGAACACCAAGAUUGGCAAAUUCGCCACUGGCGCCCUGUGCUCUUCACAGAUGAAAGCAGGUUCACACUGAGCACGUGACAGACGUGACAGAGUCUGGAGAAGCCGUGGAGAACGUUCUGCUGCCUGCAACAUCCUCCAGCAUGACCGGUUUGGCGGUGGGUCAGUCAUGGUGUGGGGUGGCAUUUCUUUGUGGGGCCGCACAGCCCUCCAUGUGCUCGCCAGAGGUAGCUUGACUGCCAUUAGGUACCGAGAUGAGAUCCUCAGAGCCCUUGUGAGACCAUAUGCUGACAAAU